AUGACGUUCUUGAGUACGGGUGCGCCGCUGGCCUGCCUCCAGGCCUGGGCAGGGAUUGUGCUGGACGACGCCGCCUGGCGGGACCUGGCUGCCGCUGACUACAGCAGCCCCGCGGCCCUGGCCGGACUGCCCCUGACGGAGCGCUGGGUGGUGUCGUCGCUGCACCAGCUGGUGGACAGGGUGACGGCCUGCCAGGAGGGGGAGGACUUUUCAGAGGCGGGGCAGGCCCUCUACUCGUUCAUCUGGGGGGAGUUUGCUGACUGGUAUGUCGAGGCGGCCAAGACCCGGAUGUACGGCGGCGACGAGGCGGCCGCGGCGGCCACGCGCGGCGUGCUGGUGUACGUCUUUGACCGCCUCCUGCGGCUGGCGCACCCCUUCAUGCCCUUCAUCACCGAGGAGCUCUGGCAGGCCCUGCCCCACCAGGGGGAUGCCCUCAUCGCAGCCCAGUGGCCGGCAGUGGGGGCGGCCGUCGACUCCCAGGCGGUGGCCCAGUUUGAGGCCCUCAAGGAGACGGUCCGCCUCAUCCGCAACGCGCGCGCCGAGUACGGCGUGGAGGCCGCCCGCAAGAUCGGCGCCGUGGCGGUGGCGGCCGACCCCGGGCUGCGGGACGCGCUGCAGCAGGAGGCGGCGGUGCUGGCGCUGCUGGCGCGGCUGGACCCCGCACAGGUGCGGCUGCGGUGCUGCGGCAUGUUUGAUUAG